ACCCACUUCUGUUAAGAACGAGAUACCAAUGGGCCUUAUCUACAUAUUUAUUAUUACAUUCGUCACACACGGACGUAUUCCGAACCAGGAACUAAAUUCGACGAGUUUCCUAGACUAGUUGUACACUUGGAAACGUAUCUUUCAGGAUGUAGGUUUUCGUGACAAGCAUUUCAGAGGGUUGCUUCAAAAAUACAUCACCGAUUUGUACCUAUAGACGCGUUAUUUGUGUGAUAUUCGAGAAAAGAUUGGACAACAAAUGAAAGUUAAAUAAAAUGUCGGAGUACGGGGUUCCGAGAGGAUCGUUCAAGGUCAUCACUGCAAACCAACUUCAACGCACGUUGUCUGAAAAAUCGGAUGGCGUACAGUAUGCCGCUGUGAACAAACCAAAAGAAAACAGACAGACAGCUUCGACUGCUCCAGUGGAAGUACCCCGUAAUUCGUUCCAAGAAGAUCUUCAGCAGACGCUCAAAAAAAAGGUUAGUUUUGCUGGACUCGAAUCUCCACCGAGACAAACAGACAGUAAAGAAGAUGAUUCGCCAGUCCCUCCCCCAAGAAGAAAGCGAAGCACCCCGCCUACCCCACCGAAACCUGUAAUUCGACAAUAUCCCCAGACCCGUGUUCCAGACGGCGACGAUGAUUCUGGAGAAUACGUUUGUUUGAGAAACUGUAAAUCUAGCCAAGAGUCCGACACGUUGAGCCCACCGCCGACCAAUAGCAGCCCAUGUAUCGAUUUCGACGUGUUCUUGAUGGAAGAAGAUAAAAAGCUGAAGGGAGUCCUAGAGUUAUCUACCCUUAAGCACGACGUCAUCGACAAAGUGAACCUGCGAGUCGUCUGCUUGUUUGACGUCAGCGGGAGUAUGCUGCUCAAGUGCGGUCGUAGCAGACGCCACUCGAAGCUGGCGGUUUUGAGGAAGAUGGCGGCCGAUCUGGUCGACGUGUUGGACGACGAUGAGGACCUGGUGGGUCUCGUCACGUUCGGCGACACCGCCAACACCGUCUGGCCUCUGACGAGAAUCACCACGCAAAACAGAGCCGACGUGAAGCAAGCUAUUGCUAAUUUUGGCCAGGUCACGUGUUCAGAAACAGAUUUGUAUAGCGGAGUGGAACAUGCGAUUAAUCUCCUGAAAGAAGACGACCAUACGUCCAGAUUAAUCUACCGGAACGCUAUUAUAAUUUUCUCUGAUGGAGAAAUCAACAAGGGCGUCACCGAUCCAGAGUCGCUCGUGAGUAGAGUGCGUGACGCCAUCAGAACGUCCAACGUGACAUCAGAGCUUCAAACUGACCAAUGGCUGAGCAUCGCAUGCGUCACGACCGGAGGGUUCGUCUCGAACGCCAUGUACCUUCUGUCCAAGUACUGCGGGAAUGACGCGUUUUAUUACCUUGACAACCAGCUUGACCACCCGGAAGUGGACAUGAUGAUACCACUACUGCUGAGGAAGUCCGCCAUAGCCCAGUUCGUCACUUUGUCGGUGUCGACCAUCAACGGCGCACAGCUUAAACCAACAGAGUGCACUCGAGAACACAGCAUACGAAAAAGGAAGACUGCACACACGGAGAACAAGCAGAUGACGUAUUACUUACACGACUUUGCAGCUGGAAUGGAAAAGCAUUUCGCUGUAGCAAUAGAUCUGGCACGAUACGACAUGGACAACGAUAAUGGGUUAAUGUGGGUUAACCUUGAAUACGCUGAUGCAAAGGGAAAUAUCCAGACUGUUUCAAAAAGCAUCAAAUUCAGCGAUCGUCUGACCCUGAUCAAAGGUCCAGAUGGGUACAACAAAGGAAUACUAGAAAAGGCUAAGCAGGAAAUGAGAAGCCUCAGUCAGACUGCAUUCAGACGAACCGCCAUGAUUGUGGAACAGGAGGACAACAGCCACACAGUCCUUCCUCUGGAGGAAGGGAAACUCCAGCUCCAGGAGAUCACCAAACAUUACAGCAAGCUUGCUAGCCGAGAAGAGACGAGGAUGGAAAUCUCAAGAUUCUGCGACGCGAUCCAGGUAAACAUGAACAGGCUGAUGGACUCUGUCACGAAAUCGCAGAGAGGUGUGGGACACAAGUGGUCCAAGCUGAAGGCCGUGUCAUCGUCCAUCUUCAGAGAAACGCCCAACGUGGCUCAGAUGGUGGCCGAGUCGCAGCUCCUCUGUCCCAUGCCCGUCGUCAAGGAUUGUGUCUCCAUCCGCACCAAGGCUCUCGCCAUGAAGGUCACGUGCAGACAGACAGUCACAUCAGGCCUUUUCGACGGCUACCCGAAAGACUUGUUUGGUGCUGCGCAAAUGGUCGCGCAAAGCUUAAAUGACAUUGUCACACAACUGCAGGCUGUUGGUAGACUUUCUGCGACUAAUGAAGAAAACGAUCAGUGAUGUAAUCAUGCAUCAUGCAUCAUGCGUCGGGUUGAUAACGCACAAACUACGGUUAUGGAAACCAAUGUACUGACCUCUCAGUCAACAAACAGUCUUGAUCAUAUCCUAAGCAAAUUGUAUCCAAUCGUUUCCAAUUGACACUGUAUUUUUAAAUACUAGUUCCAUAUUUAAUAGGUCGAUGUUUCUGCUAAUGGACUUAGCCCAAUUGCUGAACACUAAAUACAAAACUGUUACACUACUUCGAACUGUUUGACAGUACAUAUUCUUAACGACGGUGGACUGUUAGUCCCAGAGUGUCAUUAGCCCAAUUGCAAUUUAAAAAUGGCUGAAUACAGAACUGUUACACUACUUCGAACAGUGUUUUUGACAUUACACUCUCUUACCCGUAUAUAUGGUUAACUGGGCUUUAACUAAUGCACAAACUACAGUUAUGGAAACAAAUGUAUUUACAUCUCAACAAACAGAUGCUAAGCAAAUUGUACACAAUCGUUUCCAAUUGAAAUUUUAUUUUUAAAUACUAGUACCAUAUUUAAAAGCUACUACUUUGAACAGAGUGAUUGACAGUACAUAUUCUUAAAGAUCGUGGACUGUUAAUCACCGAGUAUGUCAUUAGCCCCAUCGCAAUUUAAAAAUUGCUGAACACUAAAUACAUAACUGUUACACCACUUCGAACGAUGUUUGACAAACAUAUUCUUACCUACGGUUAACUGGGCUUUAAACAGAAAAACUACUAGCGUGAAAAAAUAAUCAAUGGAAACGUUUGAGAUAAGACAGUUUAUUCCUCCAGAAUGCCUAGACGUUGAUACACCAAUACAGAGAACACAUGGCAAAACCUGUACAGAUCUAACUACACUGUUAACAUGAGAAUAUUUAGUAACUGUCGAAUUUUAUGUACAGUACAUGAUUAUAAUAGCUUGUGGUUGACUUUUUAGCUCAGUCAGUAGAACCCUUGCCUGAGGUGCUUGGGACAUAGGAUCGAAUCUCCUUGGUGGACCCAUUGGGGUUUCACCCAUCCCAACCAGUGUCCCAAGACUGGAACAUCAAAUGCCAAGCUAUGUUCUGUCCUGUCUGUGUGUGUAUAUAUAUAUAUAUAUAUCUAUAUAAAAGUGUAUAUCAAAGAUCCCUUGCUGCUGCUACUGGAAAAUGUAGCUAGUUUCCUCCUACAACCAAAGCAUGUCAGGUGAGUGCUCUACCAACUGAGAUAGACCCUGACCCCUCUCUGAUGAUUGAUGUCUUUCAACAGUACACAUAUUAAAACCAUGUGAUGAUCAGUUUUCAUUGUGAAUACACUUGUCUUUAUAUUCUGAUUUUAAAUCCUUCAAUAGAGGUGUCUCGGUUAGAAAAUGGGUCUCAGAGUGUCAAACAAUAAUAAGAGGCCAUAGGAGCCUGUUUUAGCUAUUGUAUCUUUGUUGUGUUUUAGCUAUUCUAUCUUUGUUGUGUUUUACUAUUCUAUCUUUGUUGUCAAACAAUAAUAAGAGGCCACAGGAGCCUGUUUUAGCUAUUCUAUCUUUGUUGCCUAGAAGGAUUUAUUUUUUUUCAUUGAGGUAAGAGGUUACAGUUUGGAAUCCUACAUUACAAGAUGAACUUUGUAUGAAAAAGUUAAUUUAUUUUGUUUAAUGACACCACUAGAGCACACCGAUUUGUUAGUCAUCGGCUAUUGGAUGUCAAACAUUUGGCAAUUCUGACAGUCUUAGAGAGAAAAACCCCAUGACAUUUUUCCAUUGUCGCUAGGUUCAUGUUUAUUUUGUAUUCAAUACAAUAAAAUUUCCUAUUCUC